AUGAUUGGGAAAUGGUCGGAGUGUACGGUAUCGUGUAAUGGUGGAUAUCAAACAAGAACGGUGUAUUGCGUUGAAACUUCAAACGAUACAAACGGUAUCGUCAUGGAAAAUCGGAAAGUUGACGAUCAAUACUGCUGGCAAACUCAUCGACCGGCAACAAGCAGAAGAUGUGGUAGGAAAAGUUGUCCAAAAUGGGAAAAAGAUGAUUGGACUUCUUGUUCUGUUACAUGUGGCAAAGGUUUCCGUACAAGAAAGGUUGAAUGUCGACAGGAAGGUGAACGAAUCAAUGAUUACGCAUGCAAAAGUAUUGAUCGACCCGAUGAUGAGCAACCUUGUUAUACGGGUAUCUCUUGCCAGGGUCAUACUUAA